AUGGUGCGAAUGAAUGUAUUGAGUGAUGCCCUCAAAUCAAUCCACAAUGCCGAGAAGCGCGGCAAAAGGCAAGUGCUAAUCCGGCCUUGUUCCAAAGUUAUCGUCAAGUUUUUGACUGUGAUGAUGAAGCACGGAUACAUUGGCGAGUUUGAAAUCGUCGAUGACCACAGAGCUGGAAAGAUUGUUGUAAAUCUGACCGGCAGACUGAACAAAUGUGGAGUUAUUUCACCCCGCUUCGACGUUCCCAUCAAUGACAUUGAGAGGUGGACUAACCUACUACCGUCACGACAGUUCGGCUACUUGGUCCUCACAACCAGUGGUGGAAUUAUGGACCACGAAGAAGCCAGAAGGAAACAUCUUGGAGGAAAGAUCCUAGGCUUCUUUUUCUAA